AUGCAUGGUGAAGGAGUGGUGAAAGUCUCUCAUGAAAGAUUCUGGUUGAUUUGUCAAAAUCUUUACAUCCUGGGAAACUCAUACAAUGUUCUCAAUCUUCAACAUAAAGCUAUCAAAUAUUUGGACAUUGGACGAGCUUUCAUGAGAGCAGCAGAAAUUGGUGAGAAGAGACAAUUUAUCAGAAUUUUGAACAUCCUUGGUGAUUGUUAUUUUGCUCAGUAUGAUUAUAAGACUGCUCUGGUUUAUUAUAAUGAGGCUCUGGAGAUAGGAGAACCAGCUAAGGAUGAGGAUCAUGUGGAUGGUGAGGCUGCACCUGAGGAUGAGAUGAACCAGUCCACAGAGGACAUGGCGCUCCACAAUCAACUGCUCAGCAAAUCAGCCGAAGCUAACAUCAGUAUGAACCAGUAUGAAAACGCCAUAGAGUAUCUAGAACAGGCCCGAGACAUGCAAGACGUGAUGGGUGAAGACAUAAAGGGGGAUUUGGUCAGUACGCUUUAUCAGUUGGGACAGAUGCACUCCAUGGCAGGAGAUGUAGAUAAGGCAAUUGACUCUUAUAAAGAAAGUUUAGAAGUGUUCAGGGAACUCCAUAACACUCUAGGUCCAGAGAUGUGUGUGACUCUUGGUAACCUAGCAACCAUGUGUUACGUGAAGGCGUGUAUUUGCGAAGAUAUAGACAGCGAGUUGCAAAUGAUUUUAGCAGCGGAAGGACAUUUCCAAGAUGCUUUGAAAUUGGAAAUGAACCAAAGCGUGUGUGUGAAAUAUGCAAACUUUUUAUACAGUCAAGGUAACUACGAAGAUGCUAUCAUGUAUCUGGAAGAUGCCUUAAAAUCAAAAACUAAUUUGCCAGAAAUCGUGUACGGUGGACUUGAAAAAGUGACACUUCCAGAAGCUCUGCAGGAUGAAGUGGAUGCCCAGGAAGAGGUUGAGAUGCCCUCUGUGUGCCUCGGACAUUUUCUGGAAGUUCUUUCGUAUAAAAUGUUAGGCAAAACGAGACAUUCUGAUAGGUGUUUGUUGAAGUUGUUAAAAACUGUAUAUGACACUGAUAGCCCAUUUCUGCGUUCCGUGCUGGGUUAUGCUUUAAUGGAAAUGGGACUGUUUGAAGAAGCGGCAGUGAGUUUCCGAGCCGCCUGUGAAAUGGAUCCUGAGUACCAUCUCGCUCUAGAUAAUUACUGUCUGUGUUUGUGUCUUAUGGUUUUGGAAUCUCUGAAUAGUGCUCUGAAGAAUUUUUUCAUUCAUUAUCGAAUCUGGUAUGAUGAAAUGAACCCUACUACUCCAACUAUUCGUGAACUUGAUAUGUAG